GACACUUUGCGCAGUGAUAAAUCUUGAGUCACUCCUCUUGCAGUUUCAGCACAUGUUGCGGUUUUCGUUGAAUGUUUACAUUCUUCCUUAACACUUAUCGCUUGUUUCUUCUUUUGUCCGGCUUCUUCAUCUUAUCCUGUGUUGGUUCCAAUGAGAUGUCGCUCGUGGCACCCAUAAUAGUCCAAGCAACCGCCAAACAUACGGCUUCGUUGAUAUUUCUUCAUGGGCUUGGAGACACUGGACUUGGCUGGAGUGCUGGUUUUGAGGAAAUAAGAGCACCUCAUGUGAAAUACAUUUGCCCCAAUGCACCUGUCAAUCCUGUGACAUUGAAUGGAGGGUUCCGAAUGCCUUCCUGGUUUGAUAUUAGGUCAUUAAGUUUCUCUGGAAGUGAAGAUGAAGAAGGUAUUAAAACUGCUGCUGAAAGAAUCAAAUCAAUUAUUGAUGAGGAGAUUAAAAGUGGGAUACCAUCAGAUCGCAUUGUUUUAGGUGGUUUUUCACAGGGUGGUGCUCUUGCGCUAUAUACAGCUCUUACCAUGGAGAAACCUUUAGCUGGUAUCUUGGCCCUAAGCUCAUGGCUGCCUCUUCAUAAGACCUUUCCAGAGGUUCUUAAAGAAAAUAAAGACAUCCCAAUACUUCAGUGUCAUGGAACGGCUGACCCAAUUGUAGCUUAUGCUUUUGGACAAAUGACAAAUGAAGUUUUACAUAAACUUUGUUCAAAACAUGAGUUUAAAUCAUACUCUGGAUUACCUCACAGCUCAAGUCCACAGGAAAUGAAAGAUGUAAGAGAGUGGAUUUCUAAAGUCUUACCCUAGAAAAUUUGACUAAUUUGGAUUGAUACUUACCUCUCCAUUUUACAACUUGCAUGUAUAUGUACAAUUUACUUAUACAUGUAUACACACACAUACACACAUAUAUAUUUAAAUAAAUACUUCUAUUAUGUAUGUAUGUAUGUCUGUAUGUAUGUUUGUGAAAUAACAAAAUACUUCUUCCUCAGGAUUUAUAGCAUGUUCUACAAUUCAGCAGGUCCAGUCAAUCUUUGCCUUUUUAACUAGUAAUGCAUUAUUUUCUAGCUGUUACAAAUUAAAGUAAUUGUUCAUUUUGGGUAUGUUCAUCCUAUGUGGAGAGAGGAUAGACAAAGAAUUCCUCUUUUAAUCGUCCACUUUAAUGUGAUAUUUUACAUGGCCUGCCUGUGGUAAAAACAGGUAGUUAUUAAAUGUCCUUGAUCCUGGGGUCAGUGGUACAAUUUAAAAAUAACUCCCAGCUUGUUUUUAAAAUGCAAAGUGAUGUGUAUAUUUGGGGAAUGUUUGCUUCACUUCAUCUUUACAUUACAAGUUGUUUUAUAUUUGUUUCCUCACAACACUGAACUUUGCUUGUAUGUGCCCCUUUCCCUUUGAAUCAAAACAAAUUGUAGCAUCUUUCUCCUCUCUUUCUUUAAAGAGGUCCCCCUCAUUUUUCUCUCUUUUAAAGUGUGCAGUGGCUACCGUUACCUGCUCCACUGAAAUGAAAAAUUAAGAUACUCAUAUCCUGUCUUUCUUCAAAUGUUUUCCUGGCCUUGUGCCUGCAAACUUGCAUAAUUGAGGAAUUUUUUUUAGUAAGCUGUAAUUGUAAAUUGUAGAAAAAUAAACUUGUUACUAGAAGUGAUACUUUUUAUGAAGUGAGAAUGACAACACAGUUGCUUAGGAAAAAUUUCUUCAAAUUGUGUCAUUAGCUACAAUCAGUGAUUUAUAAUAAAUGAAGUGUUGUUCCCUUCUGUAACUGUUGUAUAUAUGGAAUGUUAGAAGUCAUCCAUGCAUUAAAUUCACAUGUAGCUGCACAAGCAA